AUGAUGCAACUUAAGAUGAAAGGUUUAAAAUUCCCAUGUCCUCUUCAUGUCCUUAUUGAUGGUCCUGUUGAACAAAGUGAAACUAAAAUGAUUUUUGAAAUGGUUUGUAAACAAGAAUUAUAUGAUAAAACAAUUCAUUCAGUUUGGUUAUACUUAGAAAGUGGAAAAACAGCUGUAGAAGAAACAUUAAAGAAUCAUGAAUUCUUAAAUAUUUUACAUAAGAAUAUAUUAAUUGAAUCACCAUCAUUAGAAAGCACAAUGGGAGUAUUAUCAAUUUUAACAAGAAAUGAUCCUGUUACUUUUCUUUUAAUGGGAAGUUAUAAAUUAAUAAUCAAAUUAUUUCAAUAUAGAUUAAAAAAUUCAGUAUAUAUGAUGGCAUUAGACUGUUUAUAUUCUUUAAUAUCAACUCAUUCUUCUGAAUUGAUAUUAAAAUUACUUGAAGAAAAUGAUUUAUUAUUUAUUAUUCUUAAUGGUAUUUCUAAAGAAAAUGAUAAAGAAGAAAAUGAAUUAUGUGCUGCUAUGCUUAAAAUUUCUUUAAGUUGUGAAGGAGUUAGAAGAAAAUUAUCAAAAGACUUACCUUAUCUAAAUAAUUUUUUAGCACAUUUAAAUUAUAUUUAUCAAAGUAUAUUAGUUGGUAUGAAUAAUCAUAUUUUAUUAAUUUGUCUUUGUGAAUGUAUUGAAUACCUCACUUGGGACUCAUCUAUUAAAUUUAUUAUAGAGUCUUAUUAUAGUGGUUUAUUACAGUAG